AUGAAGAGGCGACAUCACUGUCCACAUCUCCCUACCAAGAUUUAUGAUAAGACAGAGAAACCAUGUCUCCUCUCCGAGUACACUGAGAACUACCCUACCUAUUAUUCUUACCUGCCCAGAGAGUCUUUCAAGCCCAAGCUUGAGUACAAGAAAGGAUGCAUACCGAUGGAAGGCCUGACCACAUCGAGGAGAGAUUUUGGGCUUUACAAAGUGUUACCGGUGAAGGGGCCCCAACCCAAGCAGUUCGUCCCAAGAGGAGAGAACAUGGACUUGCUCACGACGUAUAAACAAGAUUACAACCCCUACCCUGUGUGUCGGGUGGACCCCAUCAAACCUCCGGAUAGCAUGUAUCGGCCUGGUAAUAGGAUGGAAUGUCUACCUACUUAUAAAGCUGAUUAUUUACCCUGGAACCAGCCAAGACGAGAAUCACUAGGUCCGGCGUACCACUACCAGCCAACAUCCGCCAAGUUUGAUAAUAGAACUACAAACCAGGAUGACUACUACGUAAAGGGCUUUGUGAACACCACGAGCUGCAAGCCUCCACCCCCACCUAAGAUCUGUGGCAUCCCCUUGGAGGAUCUGACCAAUUACAAGAUGAGCUAUGUGGCCCACCCUGUGGAGAAACGUUUUGUGCAUGAGACUGAGAAGUUCAGGCCUUGUGAAGUCCCCUUUGAAAGCCAAACCACCCACAAAGAGUCCUUCCGAGGCCUGAUGGGGGAGCCCGCUCAGAGUUUAAAACCUCCAUUCAAACCCUGUUUGUUAGAUAAACCUUUCUCCAACACCACUGAGUUUAGAGAUAAGUAUCAAGCGUGGCCAACGCCCCAAGUGUUAUCCAAAGUGCCUACUACCUACGUCCCUCCUGAGGAGAAAAUGGACCUUCUGACAACGGUGCGGGCCCAUUAUACUUACCCUCAGGGCAGCCCAGCUCAGUCCUGCCGCCCGGUGCUCCAGAUCAAGAAGGGAGGUCGCUUCGAGGGGUCCACCACCACCAAGGACGACUACAAGCAGUGGACCCACAUCCGCCCAGAGCCAGUGAAGCCCCCUCCCCAGCUGAGCCUCCCCACACAGCCCUUGGACUACCUGACCACCACGCGGGCCCACUAUGUGCCCCACCCUCCCAUCAGUACCAAAAGUUACAAGCCCUCCUGGUCUGGCCCCCAAGGAAAUAGACCGGUGGAGGGCCAGACCACCUACACCACGAGUUUUACUCCCAAGGAAAUGGGCAGGUGCCCAGCUUCCUACCCCGAGCCCCCUGGCUACAUCUUUGAGGAAACAGAUGCCUUUGGACAUAAGCUAUACAGGCCAGCUUCCUACACGGGCUCUCUGAGUAACAGCCGUCUCUCUGGGGGGGACUCGGAAAACCCUAACCAGAGGGAGUUGGCAGUGUCAGCUUGA